AUUCGAAACUAUUUAUAUUGUCAACUGUUCUAUUAAAGAAGGCCACACAAUGAAUACUUUGCUGCUGCGUCAACAAUUUUCGCUAAAUUGCAGAAAACCCUUUUGCCUGACCUUUCCAUAUCUACAAUGUGGACUGGGAAAAAGAACAAAUAGAAUAGGCGAGCAGCCAACACUUGAAGUUGGCAAAAGGGAGCUGGAAUUGUUGGAUAUGCGAAGAAACGUUGGCGAAUUGCGAGCAAUGACGCUGUUCUUGGCGAUGAGGGAAAACACGAGUGCGUCGACAACACGAAAGUAUAAACAUUGGACACACGUGCCACUGGCAAAAAGCAUGAGCAGUAACGAAGCUGGAAAGUCUGUAGAUGACAGUGAAAUAAAGCUCCCAAAAGAAGAAACUGAAUCUAAGAUGAACAAGAAUUGCGCUAAGAUUACCUCAAUAAGUGAGGUGAGGAUGUCAGUGCCCGAGGUGUCGAAGAAGCGCAAAGAAAAAAUGCUGGCACGCAUCAAGGAGAAGCAAGGCGAAUACAUUAUCCUGGAUCCUUUUAGUGUGGAAGAAGAGGUCAAGCACAAGGAGUACACAAAGUUUCCGCUUAAAACACAACGCGAUCCAUUAAAGUUCCCUGUCAACGAGCGAUUAGCGGAGACGAAAGACAGUGAGUUGGAAGCUGUGCUCGAGGCGGCCAAACGUAAAGCUGCUGAGAUAAAAGUCCUUGAUCCACAUUCCCUGACCAGAAAAAAACACGCUAAAAAGUCUAACGAGAAGUUAGGUGCAUUGGGCAGUAAACCCAAAGUUACUUCAGGUCCUUCUGGUGCAAAGUCAUAUUCCACAGCCGCUAAGUCGACGGGCGGUGCAACCAAGCCUCCGCCUCCGCCAAUGGAAUUGCCUCCUGGCACUCCGCCACCACAAACAAAGACCAAGUUUGGUCCACUUGCGGAUGCGGAUCGCAUCUUCACAAAUCUCUAUGGACGUCACGAUUGGCGUCUCAAGGAGGCAAUGAAGCGCGGCGAUUGGUACAAGACCCGCGAAAUUGUGGAGAAGGGUUCGGCCUGGAUCAUCAACGAGGUGAAGACGUCCGGACUGCGUGGUCGGGGAGGAGCCGGUUUCCCAAGUGGGCUCAAAUGGUCAUUUAUGAACAAGCCACCCGAUGGCAGACCCAAGUUUCUGCUCGUCAAUGCGGAUGAAGGUGAACCAGGCACAUGCAAGGAUCGCGAGAUACUGCGUCACGAUCCGCACAAGUUGAUUGAAGGUUGCCUGAUUGCCGGCUGUGCGAUGGGCGCCAACACGGGUUUCAUCUACAUUCGCGGCGAGUUCUUCAACGAGGCCUGCAAUCUGCAAUAUGCCAUCGUGGAGGCUUACAAGGCGGGAUACCUGGGCAAGAAUGCCUGCGGCUCUGGCUACGAGUUCGAUCUCUAUGUGCAACGUGGCGCUGGCGCUUAUGUUUGUGGUGAGGAGACCUCGCUCAUCGAAUCGGUGGAGGGUAAGGCGGGUAAACCAAGAAACAAGCCGCCAUUUCCCGCAGACAUUGGCGUCUUUGGCUGCCCCUCGACGGUCACCAAUGUGGAGACUGUGGCUGUGGCACCGGCGAUUUGUCGUCGCGGUGGCAAAUGGUUUGCCAGCUUUGGACGCACUCGCAACUCGGGCACCAAGCUCUUCAACAUCUCGGGACAUGUGAACACACCUUGCACCUUUGAGGAGGAGAUGUCAAUGACGACACGUGAACUAAUUGAGCGACACGCUGGCGGCGUCAUUGGGGGCUGGGAGAACCUGUUGGCCAUCAUACCAGGCGGCUCCUCAACGCCGUGCAUUACACAAAAGGAUGCAGAGACAUCCAUACACGACUACGACGGCCUGAUGGCAGUGAAAUCCUCUCUCGGCACCGGUGCCAUGAUUGUGAUGAACAAGAGCACGGACAUCAUCAAGGCGAUUGCCCGCUUGGCUGCCUUUUACAAGCAUGAAAGCUGUGGCCAGUGCACUCCAUGUCGAGAGGGCCUCCACUGGGUGAAUCUCAUUAUGCAGCGCUUUGUCACUGGCCGUGCUCAAGUCGGCGAGAUUGAUAUGCUCUGGGAGCUAACCAAGCAGAUCGAGGGACACACUAUUUGUGCGCUGGGCGAUGGCGCCGCUUGGCCGCCACAGGGACUCAUUCGACACUUUCGUCCGGUCAUCGAACAGCGCAUUAAGGAGCGUGAGGCAUGCGACAAAGCCGAAGCUGCCGCAAAGGCCCCCAUAAAUGUUUAAGUGUUGAGUGUGGAGUAUAAACAAUAAAGACAGUGGGGCAAAAAGCUUCAUGCAACAG